CUUGGGUGUAAACAACGGAAACGUAAUAUUCAACUGAUCAGAAGUACAUCGAUAUAUUGACAGCGACAGUGAAGCAGGGAACCAUGUCCGAGACAACUCCCCAUCCAGAUGAACCUCCACCAUCGUAUGAGUCUGUGAUCCAAACCCCAGGAGUGCCAUAUGUCCCUGGAUCUGAGCCAAAGGACAACUACAAUAUACCUCCCUAUGGGGGAUACCCUGUGCCACAACAAACAGUUCCAACUGCUCCUGAUGCCUCACGGCCAUACCCCACACAACCAUACCCUACACAACCAUAUCACACACAACCAAUGGGUCAGUACCCUCCAGGGUAUCCUCAGCCAGGAUAUGGUAAUCCUGCUGCUGGGGCAUAUCCUGUACAAGGCCAGCAGCCCUAUAAUAUGCCCAAUUAUCCACCUCCAGGACAAGUUCAGGCACCUGCAACUUUCACCACAAACACAAGCUUAGGGAUAAAUUCCCAGAACAAUUUACGGAAGAAAAGAGCCCUUUUAUGCACCACUGUGAUGAUAGCAGUUUUUAUUGCAAUCAUCAUUUUCAUUAUGCAAAUCAGCUUGUAGGGAACAUUGAACAUUUGACCUUUAUGGAUAAAUGAGGUCAUUUGCAACAAUAUCCAAGAUUAAUUCUGUGUACUUUAUUUUGAUAUUUAUACGCUUGUUUUAUACAUGUAUGUGGAAAAUAAACAAUUAGUGUUUAUUCCACAAAUUUAUGAUUCAUAAGGUUUCAAGCAAAUAUGCUUAUUAAGCCUCUCUUAAUAAUUGUAGAGGAAAUAUAUUUUGAGAGCAGUGGCAAUUGACUGUUUUCUGCAUUUUCAACAUCAAAUCUAUUAUUGAAUUAAGGCCAUACAGAAGCUGGUGAUAUUUCAAAUAAUGAAGAUUGUUAUCAUAUUCCACAUGAAUUAAUGAACUGGGAAAAGGAAAGGGUCAGUUUUAGGGAAACACUUCUCCUUUGUUCCUCCAACAGCAAUCCUACAGUAGCUGCAGUCCAUAAAAAUGAAAUUUUUGAAUAAAAAGCAUUUUAACAAAUUUUGUACCUUAAAAAUAUUUACUAGAAAGUCCUAUUUUUUUAAAUUUGUAUUAUGUGUCAUAUUAAAGCUUCUACAAAGUUUUUAGUAUUGCAAGGUAAAUUAAAUGAAAAAAAAACUAACCUUACCUUUCUUACUUAGUACAUUAAUUUUGUUUUAUUAUAAGAUGGCAAGAGUAUAGCUUUUUAGAUCAUUACUUUUUUUGUUUGCACUAAAACUUAACUAUACUGAUAAGGCACCAUUUCAUUGGAUUGGCAAUAUAAUGAAAAGAAUGAAAAAGGAAAGAAAAAAUGUCAGUUGUUGAGAUAUCAAGGAAUGGUAUUAUAUUGAGGUUUUAUUGUACAUCAUGUGGUAUAUGUUUUAAACUGUUAGUUUUAAUUCUCCAAAGACUAUUCAAUAAAAAAGUUGUAUCAUGUUAAUUAAGGCAUUAAAAUAAUUGAGAUGGAAGAAAGUUUAAUUGGUAUCAGUAGCAGGAACUUACAUGUAUAUAUGUAAUAUUUUCUUUGCCUCUUAUAUGAAGGCUGUUUAAUUACCAAACAUGUAUUUGUGGUAAUAUAUGGUGAAUUCUACAUUCUCUGAUACUGCUCAAGGUUGUGUAAACCUUUGUAUAGUAUUAGGUACCAACCUCGUGUCAUCUUUUAUGUACAGAUAAUGUAUAGAUGGUUUGUCUUCUGUAAUAUCACAAUUAACAUGGAAGUUCAUGCAUUGAUAAUUAUUUAAUAUAUUUUUUUGAUAGAUACUAUCAUACAGCUGCAUAUAACAUUAAUUUGGUGUAUAUAUAUAUAUAUAUGUAUUCAAGCACUUAUUAAAUAUUUUAUGUUAUUUAGAUAUAACACAAAAACUAAAGUGGUUUAAAAUGAGAGUAUACUCUGUCUUUUUUGUGUGAUAGCUCCAUGACAUAGAAAAAUGUACUCAUGUUAAUCCUCAUAAUUUAAUCUAAUGUACACAAUCUCCGUAGAAAUCUACUUUUAUUGUUGUACUAUUUUCUCUUAGAAACCAUUAUGCUGCUUAUCAACCAGUCAAAAGCAACAUUACAAACAAAGGUGACGUUUUUUUUUACAUGGUGAGCUGAUAACAAUUUUUCUAAGUCAAAGCAAAUGCUUGUUACAAGCAAGAUUGAAUUAUUAGUAUAUAUGUGUAUAAUGAUCACCUAGUCAUUAGAUUUGUAGAUGGAGACAAAUGUUUAUCUUGCCUACAAAGUAAUUGAUAUGUAUAUUAGUAUAUUGUACACAAUCAGAGAUGUUCAUUUAUACUAUAAUACAUUGUAUAAAUGUGGUGCUUUUUCAUGCUACAUUAACACAUAUUUAUAUAUAUAGAUGUAAACAUGUAUUUAUAUAUGUAUAUUUAUUUUCUGCUUCUAUCAUAAGGACUUAACAUCAGUUGAAUACAUUGUAUAGGAAGUAAGAUCAGUUGAAUACAUUGUAUAGGAAGUAACAUCAGUUGAAUACAUUGUAUAGGAAGUAAGAUCAGUUUAAUACAUUG